CUUCACGAUCAUUAUUUCAAGAAACUUUAUUUCCCAUGCGGGCGACCUCACAGUAGUUUCCGUGCACCUUCUUCUCGCGAAAAAUAAUCUACAGUCAGAUCCUAUCAACAACAACUGAGUCAUUCACUCUCCUUGUCAUUUUUUCUCCUUUUAUCUUAUAAAUUAAUGGCUUUCCGCAUUUAUAAUUAUCCUCUCCUUAACUCCCCAUUCUCUUCCACCUCACUACUCCUUCCCCAACGCCUUCCUACACCUAAUCCCCUUCUCUGCUCUAACAAUAACAAUUCCAAGAUUUUGGGUGUGAAUAGUGGGAAACGAAGAUGUGUUUCUGUGAGGGUCCAAACGACGGAGAGGAGAGCCAUGCCCGAAGACAAAAUGUUGGUGUUUGUGCCACCGCAUCCUUUGAUAAAGCACUGGAUAUCAAUUCUUCGUAAUGAGCAGACACCUUGUCCAAUUUUCAAGAGUGCCAUGGCUGAGCUGGGAAGAUUGCUUAUGUAUGAAGCCUCCAGAGAUUGGCUGCCAACUAUCUCUGGAGAGAUCCAGUCACCAAUGGGUGUCGCCUCAGUGGAAUUUAUUGAUCCAAGGGAACCUGUAUCGAUUGUUCCUAUCUUGAGAGCUGGUCUUGCUCUAGCGGAGCAUGCAUCAUCGAUUUUGCCUGCAACAAAAACAUAUCAUCUAGGCAUCAUUAGAGAUGAAGAAACUCUUCAACCGACGGUGUAUUUGGACAAGUUACCUGAGAAAUUUCCCGAAGGUUCUCGAGUAUUUGUUGUAGAUCCCAUGCUUGCAACAGGUGGCACAGUCAUUGCAGCCAUUGAACUGAUAAAGGAGCGCGGCAUUGAUAAUAAGCAAAUCAAAGUGAUAUCUGCUGUUGCUGCUCCUCCUGCCCUUCAAAAGCUCAGUGAGAAGUUUCCUGGGCUUCAUGUAUAUGCUGGAAUUCUUGAUCCGACUGUUAAUGACAAAGGGUUUAUAUUACCUGGACUCGGCGAUGCAGGAGACCGUAGCUUUGGCACGUAAACCUGUCAAACUAUACAUCCAGCUCAAUCUUCCAGGUUGUCAUUGACCCAAUUUUGAAAUUUCUAGGCAUAUGAUAUGAUAUGUGGGAGAAGUUCUGCCCAAGCUUUGAAGUAUUUCUCAGUUAAUAAUCUUGAGAUUUUCUGAUUAAUUGCAACAAUGGCGUUGGAAGGAGUGGAAAGAAAUCAAAAUGAGUCAAUGUGUUGAAUAAGAUAUCAUGGAGCGAGCACUUUAGACGCUAAAAGCUAAAUAGUUUACAAAAGAUGAAUGAAUUAUUUUUUCGCUAUUUUCUCUAAAUAUUUUUUUUAUUAUCAUUCUAUUGUUGAUCUUCGUAUAAUUAUUUUGACGUAUUGGUAAUAAUUUAGACCACUGCAUAUAUCUUACUCCAGUUUUGCAAUGUAAUGGCAUUAUUCUGUAGUAGGAUUUAACCAUAUUUUAUUCUCGUAGUUUUUAUUAA